AUGUCCCUCGACCAGCAGGUCGCCCUUGCUCGCCCAGAUCCCAUCCGAAGCGAGUCGUCCCAUCUUAGCAGGGCCGCGCGGCAGGUUGUACCGCCGUUCCUUCAGAAACUUUACGAGAUAGUUAAUGAUCCUCGCAAUGACGAGUUGAUUCGGUGGUCGGAGAAUGGCGACUCUUUCUACGUUCUCAACCACGAGCGCUUUGCCCGCGAGGUGCUCGGUCGCUGGUUUAAGCACCAGAAGUUCACCUCCUUUGUCCGGCAGCUCAAUAUGUACGGCUUCCACAAAAUCCCACACCUCCAGCAGGGAGUCCUUAAGAGUGACACUGACACCGAGCCUUGGAACUUCGAGCACCCACAUUUCCAUCGCGGACAGCCCGACCUGCUCUGCCUCAUACAGCGCAAGAAGCAGCCGGCCAAUAGUAACGCCGAGGACGGCGAUGUCCCAGACACCACCAAUACAUCUACGUCUCAUGUCCCGCCGUCUGGGCAACAAGCCAUUUCAGCGGAUCUGAAUGCGUUGAAGAAGUCGAACGAGAUGCUGUGGGAGGAGGCGACGCUUGCGCGGCAGAGGCACGACAAACACCAGGACACGAUCAACCGUAUUCUGAAGUUUUUGGCCGGAGUGUUCGGCCACUCGACGGAUACACUGAACACCAAGAACGACACCGGUCGUUCCCCCAGCGUUGCUCCCCGUGCACGACAGAGACUCAUGAUUGGUGACGGGAGGGCUGCUAAGGGGGCAAAGGCUGUUGAAAUCGCCGACGUCGCUGACGACGACGAUGUCGAUUUGCUUCACUCGGCGCAUCCGCAGGAGGGUGCAACUACGCCACUUGCUGGUAAGUUCCCAUACGACAUCUUGCAACAACUCGUGUACGAAAUACAACGCCACGCAGGCCAGCUGUCUUCUAUCGAGUCUCCGUUGAUGUCUCCGACGCCUUCCACCGCCCCUUCGGAAACAUUCUCCCCUAGCAUCAUCGAAACGACAUCGCCAGGAUUCGCUGGCCGACCGACGCGGCCUACAGAGGUACUGUCGAGGACAAACACCAGCAACACCUCUAACCACGGUUCCGCGACAGACGUCCCCUCACGAACUACUCCUCCGCCUCUCGGCACCGCGUCUGAACCCACUGUAUCACCCUCAACAUUAGCUGCUCUCACAGCGAAUACAGCAGGCUCUUACCUCCCGGACACCGCGUGGCAGACGGCGAUUCAGCAGGUUCUCAACAAUCCCCAGCAGAUGCAGCGCUUGAUGCAGGCUCUUGCUACGCAGCAGGGCUAUUCUAUGGCUCCCCCUCCCGACUCUACCUUCAUACCUCAGCAGCCUCCCUCCGCCCAGCUGGCACCAUAUACUCCCGCUCCCUUUGAUUACAGCCGCUAUCGAACGGAGCUACCCGUACAGGUCCCUCCUUCGACAUUACCAUUGCUCAGUCAAUCCAUCCCAGCUCACGACGAAGCGCCAUCACUGGAGCCGUUGCUAGACAACGCUUCACGUCUGCAGAAGUCGUAUAGGGAUGCCGUGGAGAUCGAGGCCGAUAUGGACCAGCUGCAGUCGAGCCUGCACUCGCUGAUUCACGACCUAGGCAUGGACCCGCAAGCUCUUCUCGCCCAGAACCAGGAGCAGGCUCGCCAGUGCAGUGGUUCGUACACGAAUGGUGCAGGCUCUAUCCAGUCGGCUGGGAACGGGAUGCAGCAGAACGACCCGUCGUCGGACCUCUUCCUGGAGUCGCUGCUGAACGGGAUGGGGUCGACAAGUGAUUCAAACCUUGACUAUUCGGAUGUCACGGACCGCUUCGAUCCCGCGACCCAAAUCGACGGCACCACCGUCGGUGACGCAUCUACGGAACAACUCGCGGCGUUUCUGGACGACGUCUCGGACACGGCCUCUCCCAUGUCCAAUCCUACUGACGUCGCGCCCGUGCCGCAGAAGCGCAAGUCGGAUGCGGCGGGCUUGUCAUUACCUUCCUUCAAUACGGUUGAUCAUGUACUAGCGGGCCCAAAGACGAAGCGGAAGAGAUAA